AAUUUGCAGGGCAGCUCCUUAGUGGCUGACUAUCCUUAAAACCUCUAGUUGUUUAUGAUUUAGACUUUGCCCUCCCAGCUCAGUGGGACUUUCUGUCCUACGAAAGUCCUCUCCCUUGGCCCCUACUCCAGGCACUUCAGGUUCGGGGCAAAGGAAGUGUGUAGAGCUGGAGUGAAGAAGACAGUCUGCUCUCAGUGGUGAUCUCCCCAACGCAAAGUAAGGACACCACGUAGUAGUAGAUUAUCAUCUGACCUGUACCCUUCGUGAGUUUGGGGAGUCCGGUAAAUAAGCUGAAGGCAUAGCUGCCUUGCUUGUACUUCUUUGAGAAGGAAGUUUGAACGAAGUCCAGUGUACACGCUGAAGUCCACUGAACGAAGGUCACUCCUUCCAAGCUGAGGGUCCUAAGGAAUGGAUAAAUGUGUUUCCAGGCAUAGUAUUGUGUGUAGUUACAUGUGACUGUACCUGGGUUUCACCAGUAAACAUUCCAUUCCCUGUUUCUCAAAGUACUGUGGGCCAUGAAGGCAGGCCAUCUUCUCUGGGCUUUACUGUUGAUGUACUCCUUAUGGUCUCUAUCAACUGACGGGGCCAUUCGAAACUACUACCUGGGCAUCCAGGAUAUGCAAUGGAACUAUGCUCCCAAAGGAAGAAAUGUCAUCACGAAUCAGACUCUGAACAAUGACACAGUGGCUUCCAGUUUCCUAAAAUCUGGCAGAAGCAGGAUAGGGAGUAGUUACAAGAAGACUGUUUAUAAGGAAUACAGUGAUGGCACAUACACUGAAGAAAUAGCCAAGCCUGCCUGGUUGGGCUUCCUAGGACCCCUGUUACAGGCUGAGGUGGGGGAUGUCAUCUUGAUUCACCUGAAGAAUUUUGCCAGCCGACCUUACACCAUUCAUCCUCAUGGUGUUUUUUAUGAGAAGGACUCAGAAGGUUCACUAUACCCAGAUGGUUCUUCUGGGUAUCUGAAAGCUGAUGAUUCUGUUCCCCCUGGGGGCAGCCAUGUCUACAACUGGAGUAUUCCAGAAAGUCAUGCACCCACUGGAGCAGACCCCGCGUGCCUCACCUGGAUUUACCACUCUCAUGUAGAUGCUCCACGAGACAUUGCAACUGGUCUCAUUGGACCUCUCAUCACCUGUAAAAGAGGGACCCUGGAUGGUAAUUCUCCACCUCAGAGGAAGGAUGUGGACCAUAAUUUCUUCCUCCUCUUCAGUGUGAUAGAUGAGAACCUUAGCUGGCACCUUGAUGACAACAUUGCUACUUACUGCUCAGACCCCGCCUCAGUGGAUAAAGAAGAUGAAGCAUUUCAAGACAGCAACAGGAUGCAUGCAAUCAAUGGGUUUGUCUUUGGGAACUUACCAGAGUUGAGGAUGUGUGCACAGAAGCAUGUGGCCUGGCACUUGUUUGGCAUGGGCAAUGAAAUAGAUGUCCACACAGCUUUCUUCCAUGGACAGAUGCUGAGUAUCCGUGGACACCGCACUGAUGUUGCAAACAUUUUUCCAGCCACCUUUGUGACUGCUGAGAUGGUGCCCCAGAAGUCUGGAACCUGGUUAAUUAGCUGUGAAGUGAACAGCCACUUGAGAAGUGGCAUGCAGGCCUUCUACAAGGUUGACUCUUGCUCCAUGGACCCACCUGUGGAUCAGCUCACCGGCAAGGUUCGUCAGUACUUCAUUGAGGCCAAGGAGAUUCAAUGGGACUAUGGUCCAAUAGGAUAUGAUGGCAGAACUGGGAAGAGUUUGAGAGAGCCUGGAAGUGGCCCAGAUAAGUACUUCCAGAAGAGCUCUAGUCGAAUUGGAGGUACUUACUGGAAAGUUCGAUAUGAAGCCUUUCAAGAUGAGACAUUCCAGGAAAGGGUACAUCAGGAAGAAGAAACACAUCUUGGAAUACUGGGACCAGUGAUAAGGGCUGAAGUGGGUGACACCAUCCAGGUGGUCUUCUAUAACCGUGCCUCCCAGCCAUUCAGCAUACAACCCCAUGGCGUCUUUUAUGAGAAAAACUCCGAAGGCACCGUGUACAAUGAUGGCACAUCUCAUCCCAAAGUAGCCAAGUCAUUUGAAAAAGUAACAUACUACUGGACAGUACCUCCCCAUGCUGGGCCCACUGCUCAGGAUCCUGCCUGUCUAACCUGGAUGUACUUCUCUGCUGCAGAUCCCACAAGAGACACAAAUUCUGGCCUGGUGGGCCCUCUACUGGUGUGCAAGGCUGGGGCCUUGGGUGCAGAUGGCAAGCAGAAAGGAGUGGAUAAAGAAUUUUUUCUCCUCUUCACUGUGUUUGAUGAGAACGAGAGCUGGUACAACAAUGCCAAUCAGGCAGCUGGUAUGUUGGAUUCCCGACUGCUCUCAGAGGAUGCCGAGGGCUUCCAGGACUCCAAUCGAAUGCAUGCUAUUAAUGGAUUUCUGUUCUCUAACCUGCCCAGGCUGGAUAUGUGCAAGGGUGAUACUGUGGCCUGGCACCUGCUUGGCCUGGGCACAGAGACUGAUGUACAUGGGGUUAUGUUCGAGGGCAACACUGUGCAGCUUCAGGGCAUGAGGAAAGGUGGAGCCAUGCUCUUUCCUCACACCUUUGUGACGGCCAUCAUGCAGCCUGACAACCCUGGAACAUUUGAAAUCUACUGCCAAGCAGGCAGCCACCGAGAAGAAGGGAUGCGGGCAAUUUAUAAUGUCUCUCAGUGUUCUAGUCAUCAAGAUAGCCCACGCCAACACUACCAAGCUUCAAGAGUCUACUAUAUCAUGGCAGAAGAGAUAGAGUGGGAUUACUGCCCUGAUAGAAGCUGGGAACUGGAAUGGCAUAACACGUCUGAGAAGGACAGCUAUGGCCAUGUUUUCCUGAGCAAUAAAGAUGGGCUCCUGGGUUCCAAAUAUAAGAAAGCUGUAUUCAGGGAAUACACUGAUGGUACUUUCAGAAUACCUCGGCCAAGGUCUGGACCAGAGGAGCACUUGGGAAUCCUGGGUCCACUUAUCAGAGGAGAGGUUGGUGAUAUCUUGACUGUGGUGUUCAAGAAUAAGGCCAGUAGACCAUAUUCUAUACAUGCCCAUGGAGUUCUGGAAUCUAAUACUGGCGGGCCACAGGCUGCUGAGCCUGGUGAAGUACUCACUUACCAGUGGAACAUCCCAGAAAGAUCUGGUCCUGGUCCUAGUGACUCUGCUUGUGUUUCCUGGAUUUAUUAUUCUGCAGUGGAUCCCAUCAAGGACAUGUAUAGUGGCCUGGUUGGACCCUUAGUCGUCUGCCGAAAUGGUAUCUUGGAAGCCAAUGGAGGCCGGAAUGAUAUGGACCGGGAAUUUGCCUUGUUGUUUUUGAUCUUUGAUGAAAACCAGUCUUGGUAUCUGAAGGAGAAUAUUGCAACAUAUGGAUCUCAAGAAUCAAGUCAUGUUAACUUGAAGGAUGCAACCUUCCUAGAGAGCAAUAAGAUGCAUGCUAUCAAUGGGAAACUCUAUGCAAACCUCAGGGGUCUUACUGUAUACCAAGGGGAACGAGUAGCCUGGUACAUGCUAGCCAUGGGCCAAGAUACUGACAUUCACACUGUACACUUUCAUGCAGAGAGUUUCCUCUAUCAGAAUGGGCAAAGUUACAGGGCAGAUGUGGUGGAUCUCUUCCCAGGAACAUUUGAAGUUGUGGAGAUGGUAGCCAGCAACCCUGGGACAUGGCUGAUGCACUGCCAUGUGACUGACCAUGUUCAUGCUGGCAUGGAGACCAUCUUUACCAUCUUGUCUCAUGAAGAACAUUUCAGUACUAUGACCACCAUCACUAAAGAGAUUGGAAAAGCAGUGAUUCUAAGGGACAUUGGAGGAGACAAUGUGAAGAUGCUGGGCAUGAACAUUCCCAUAAAGGAUGUUGAGAUUCUGUCUUCUGUUUUGAUUGCCAUAUGUGUGCUUCUGUUGCUCAUUGCUCUGGCUCUUGGUGGUGUAGUCUGGUACCAGCAUCGACAAAGAAAGCUUCGGCGCAACAGGAGGUCCAUUCUUGAUGAUAGCUUCAAGCUUCUCUCUCUCAAGCAGUAAUAGCUAAAGCUUGAAGAUAUCUUCAGAAAACACGUCUGGGAUGUAUCCCAUGUUCCCAUAAAGCUGUGUACUAGUUAAAAACCCUUUUAUCAAGGGGUAGGGAUAGUGGAGAGGCAGAGGAUAGAAUCAGAAUUAUCUGGGCAUUUCCUUAUUUAUUUACAUGGAAUUCAUAUGUUAUCACUUUUUUAAAAAUUUCCAUACAACUUGAGAAUUAGGUAAGUUCCUUUGUAUACAAAUUUCAGCAGCUAGGAUAUGUGACCCUUCAGUACUGCAAAGUACAGAAAUUCCUAGAAUAUAAUCAUUCUCACAGAAUAGAUACCAAGAAAAAGCUAUCUAUUUAGGUUUCUAAUUCCAGGACCUAGAUAGACAAGUAUACUUUUAAUUGAGCCCAGGUGAUGAGCCACAAAGGUAACCAUAACUAAAGAGAGGACAAAGAACAUAAGCAUGAUGCAAAAUGAGAGGUAGGAUGGGUAGUUGGAUUCCAAAUUUUAGCUUAAUUGUCUUUGACAAUGGACUAUUGGAGAAAUGAAUGAAUAGGUUAUGGUUGUCAACCUCUGGAACCAGAAGUACCUAUAAGACAGUCCUUCAAGUUUUUACACAGUGAUACUGAAGAGAAUUUUGAGUGUCCUCUCCAUGUUUCAAAUAGCAAAUCUUGUUCAUUAAAAUACUUAUUAAAAGAUUGGAAUAC